AGGAUGGAAUAUUUUAAUGACUCGUAUGAGCAAUAAAAUCGAAAAUAAAGAAAGUUGAAUUACAUAAUAUACAAAAACGGUAUAACCAUCUAGCGGUACAACAUUGGUACUGAUAGAGCUAUAAAUUUUGGCUAGUAGUGCAGUAGUGGCUUUUUCGGUUUCUUAAGUCUAUAGUAAGCCAUCAUGUGACGACAGUACGAUUCUAAUAUUGGUGUCAAAUAUAAAUCACUUUGAAACAUGUGUAUAUAGAGAUACGUUCGUACAGAUGGCAAACAUUAGCAGACAAUAAGAGGUCACUCAUUGUUUGCUUUCACGUAGCUGUACGACGUAACAAAAUAAAUGCUAGCAUAAAUAAUCUGUCACUGCGAUAGAGCUUGCUAUAUGUAUAUAUAUGCAUACAUGUUUCCUAGUGUAAGUGAGUGUCACAUACAAUGUCAGGUAGAAUCAUUACUUUUAGAAUGCAGUGAAUUAAAAGAAACAAUUUCUUCCUUAAAACCUGAACCUGCUAAGCGUAAAAAGAAAGAGUGGGAUACACCUGAAACAAAACAUGAAACAAGCGAUAUAUCUAAACAUAUGGAUGUAUCAGAAAGCACUGAACAUGAUGAUGUAUUGCAAAAAAAAAAUAAAAAGAUUAAAAUUCUUAUGACAGAACUAGAGACCAUGGAAAAGGAUAACAUAGUUUUGAAAGAAAGUUUAACAUUAUUGACUCAAGAAAUGGAAGAUGCGACACAAAAGAUGAAUGAAAUGACAGAAGAAUUAAGUUCUGCUUAUGUUAAAUCUACUGAAUUCAAAGAAAAUAUAUUACACUUAGAACAAGAAAAUGCUGCAUUAGUUGCUCAAAUUGAGGAAAUAACAGCACAGCAAAUUGACAGGGACAAAGCAAUAGAUGAAUUUGGUGCAGCAAUUGAUGCUAGAAUUAAUGAAUGGAAGGCAAUACUGGAUGAAAAAGAUGCUGAAAUUCAACGACUGAAGGAAACUUUGUCACAAUCACUGGUUCAAUCUGUAGUUUCUGUCCAAGAACAAAGCAAGUCCGAAAUUGUUCAUUUGAACGAAGAAAUAGAUCGUCGCGACAAACUAAUUGAAGAAUUGAAAACAAAACUUUCUGAAGCUACUAUUGAAAUCAAUGAAGGUGCUGCAGUCAUAGAAAAAUUAAAAGAAGACGCACAAAAGGUUGGAAAACAUGAUAGAAAGAAGGAGCAAAAGGAAUUACUUAAAAGAUUACAAGAAGCCAAUGAGCAAAUAUCAAGUUUACAGCUUAAGUUGUCACAAGCAGAGGAAGAUGCCCAGUUGAGAAGUAGCAAACUGUGUGAAGCAUUAGCUACAUUAAAAAAGUACAAGGACGAAAAUCAAGGAUUAACAGAAGCGUUAAACGAAAUAAAGGAACUGAAAAACGAUUUAAAGGGAAAAAGCGAACACAUAAGAGAGUUAAUCAAUGUUGUCAAUAAAUUGGAAAUGUUGAAUUCCUAUCAAGAGAUGGAAAUUAUAACUCUUCGAGAGAAGCUAGGAAUACCGGAGCACGAAUCCGUGUCGAUUCAACACGCCUUGGCAAAACGCAAAGAAGAGGAAACGAAAUUGGAGGAACUUCUUCAACAAAAUAAAAUGCUUCUCGAGGAAAAUUUAGAGUUGAAGUCGGACAUAAGAGUGUUAAAGUAUAAAUUAAGUAAAACGUCGAAAGAGUUCGAUUUCUCGAACGCCACCGUCGACAGUGGCAUGGAAUUUUUGCAUUCGACGAAGCUGGUGGAAUCAGAAUCAAAGAACAUGUUCGAACUGAAGCAGAACAUGCAAUUUGUCAUAGACGAGAACGAAGCUCUCAGAACGGGAAUGCACGAAAUUUUGGAUAGUAUACGAAAUCAAGACGGUAAAAGCAUCGUGGAAAUACAAUCGAGCACGUUAGAGCGAUUGCUAGAAGCGUUAGAUGUGAGACAUUUAGCGGGUUGGUAUCAUCCAGCGAUGAGACUACAGGAACACUUGAACGUUGUACAGGGCAGCAACACCGAAUUAAGAGCGCAAAUUAAACAAAUGAGAAAAGAGCUUAAGAAGAAAGAUAGCAUGCUCCAAUCGUUAUCCCGAAAUCAAAUCACCAUCGACGAAUAUAUCGACGAAUCGGAUAGCGAGAAGACGAUGUACGUUUCCGAGAUAAGCAAGUUGCAAGAAACGUACAAAAACGCAUCGGACGAAUGGGAGAAACAGAAGAAUACUUUAUCAGAACAAACCGAGCAGCUGAAAAACGAAGUAGAGAAGUUGAAGAUGCAGCUCGAAGUUUACGAGCAAAGUGCAAAAACGCUGGAGGAGGGUGAGGACGAAAUUCGAAAAGCUUUCGCGAUUAAAACGAAGGAAUACGUAGAAGUAGCCAGCGAGCUUCUACUGGCGAACAGGAAAAACGUUGCUCUUCAACAAUUGUUGGACAGAGAAUCUACAAAAAUAUAUCAAGAACGAAAAGAAGCUAUAAAAAAUGAAAAUUAUUUAAAGAAAUCGCUUGCUGAUGUCAUAAAGCACAACAAAGUCCUCGAGCGUGAAAUUUCGACUGUUCAGAGCAACCUGUCCAAUUCUGUCAGCUACACCGUUUACAACGAGCUGAAAGAAAAACAUGAAGAACUUGGUAUACGUUAUCGAAACUUGCUAGAAAAUAAUUUAGUCUCGGAGAACGCUAAGGAGGUAGAAGUCUUGAAGAAAGAGUUAGAGAUGGCGAAAAGAGAGAAAGAACAGUUACUGGAACAUCUUCAAAAAGAGAUUCACCACGAAGAUGAACAAGAUUUACAGGCAAAGUUGAAAGAGAGUCAAGCUAGAGAACUUUUAGAAAAACAGCGCGCCGAUCAUGUGAGCAGCUUGCACGAGAUCUUGCAGGCCCAGCUGACGAAGAGCGAAGAGAGCCUGAAAGAAGUGGUCGCCGCAAAGUCCGAGUUGCAGGAAGAAUUAAUUAUUCUACACAAGAGAUUAUCGAAAGACCUGCGUUUCGAGAAAACGGACAACCUUGACGAUAAUCGUGUACAAGAAUUGAAGGAUAACGUUGCGACUCUUCAGCUGGAGACCGAGAACUUGAAGAAGCAGCUUCAAAUUGCUCGUGAGGAAGCCGAACAACAGUACUCAUUGAAUUCGCUGAAAAUAAUGGAACUAGAUGAUCUCAGGCAUCAGAUUUUGGAUUUGCAAGCAGUCAGCGAGGAUAAGGCGACGAUUUCGAGAUUGGAUUUUGAAUUGGCUGGUAAAAAGCUAUCGGAGAUGGAGCUGAACGCUCAAAAAGCGAGGAUGGAGAACGAGCUGUCGUAUCAGCAGGAGGAACUCGAGAAAUUGAGGACAACUUGCGAGGGAUUACGCGUUUAUGUGCAGGAUUGUCGGAAACAGUGCGAAAAUCGUUGCAGAACGUUCACAGAUGUCAUAGGAUUUCUGCAAAGUAUGUACGCAGGUUCUACUUCUAUUAGCUCUUUAGAUAGAGUAGUGUCGUUGUCGAUAAAAUUGAAAGAAGAACGCGGGACUAUCGAUUCCGAAAUUAGAAAAGCGAAGGAGUGUCACGAGGAUGCGAAACAGCAGCAGGAAAUGUUAAUGAAUCGUUUGCAAAUCGUGGAGAGCUUGAAAGAAAUACUUGAACAACAAAUUGGGAGCAAUGGGGUGCAGGAUAUUCUGCAGCGUUUUUCGGAAUAUUCUCAGUACACACUAAAUGAUUUCAAAAACAAGCGAAAAAUAACGCAACUGGAACACGAGUUGCAAGCAGCGAACAACAGAUUCAUGGAUUACGAGUCGAUAAUAUCGAGCAUGGAGCACGACAUGAUUCAAAUUCAGAAAGUCUGGGGCAAAGGUCAGCAGCAAUCGAAAACAGACUUCCGUACUACGACAACAAGUCCCAUGCCUCUUGAAGGCAAGCACACAUCCGUUCAAGCAACGCCAGACACGAGGUCCAUAGAAGUUCAAACUGAUCCUUACACUUGUUGCUUGGAGAAGAAAGAGACUGUCGAGACGGAGGUUCAAACUUCGAUCCCGAAGAAAGAAACGAAAGAACAAUCGACAGAGGCGGAUCAGAAAGAAGUGUACUCCAAGAAAGAGGCGAGUCAAGCAGAAAAAUCGGAGAAGGAGGAAAACACGAUCGAGAAGCAACAGGAUAACGAACAAGUGUCCUUACUACGUGACCAGCUGAAUCAAGCUCUGAAACUUGCAUCGGAAAGAUCCUCCACUUUAGUCAAGUACGAGUUGCAGAUAGCGGAGUAUCAAACAAAGGUGGAUGCGUUGAACAAGACUAUAUCGAGCAUGGAUCUUCAGUUGGCUCAAAAAGACAAGCUUCUGGAGGAGUACAAGCUCUCCUCGCAUCCUCAGCUUCAGACCAGCGACUACAGCGACAAGCUUGCGUUAAAAUCGACGAUAAAUAGUUUACAGAAGUUGCUUGGUCAGAAAGAGGAGACUAUAGUCAGGUACCAGAACCUGUUGAAGGAGGAUCGCGACGAGCACAGCAAAGCCGCAGCUCGUUUACAAGAAGAGAUCAGAAGCUUACAGGCUCGAGUUCACUCGAUGCAAAACGAACUUCAGAAGGUUCACUCGUUGAAAGGGUCCGAUGAACCGGAAAGAUUAGGGUCCGAUAGGAUGCAGGAAACGGAGACCAGGAUCGAACUUGCGAAGAGUAACGCUGUUCAGACUGAAGAGGUGGCUAGGUUGCAGGAAACAGUGUCGACUUUGGAGGCGGAUUUGAACAUUACCAAGGAACUGAGCGAACGUUGGCACAGAUUGGCGGAAGAGAGGUUGAAACACAUGGAUCGAAUGAGGGAAAGAUUGGAGGAGGAACACAAGAGCGAACUGGAGAGUUAUCGCGGGGAGUUGAAGAAAUGGCAGUUGGAGGCGGACGCACUUCGCAAACAGUUGUCUGAGAAUCGAGUGCUGAUCACUAAAGGGAACAUGUCUUUAAUGAAGGAGUUGCAGGAGAAGGACGAUAAGAUACAUGAACUCAGUCUUGCAUGUCAGCAGUUGCAGAACGCGGUGGAGUCGAUGGAGUCUGCGACCCGUUCCCAACGAGCGAUAACUCACGGAGAAGCGGAGUCCAGAAUUCACGAGAUUACUCAAACUUUUGCUCGCGAUCAGUCGCAGCAAAACGCGCAGACGGAACUUAUGAAGAAACAGUUGCAGUCGUUGUUGGAGAAGGAGAAAACAUACAAGAACGAGAUCUCUGACUUGAAGCAACAACUUAGUCGCAGGUACAUGGCCGUGAAGUCGCAGGAGAAGAAAACGACGCAACGAGAAAUACAGUUAGAACGUAAGGUAAAGUCCUUGGAGGAAGAGUUGGAGAAAGCCAAAGUUCAGCUGGAUCGAGAGUAUUUAGCUCAAGAAACGAAGAGAGCCAAGACCGCAGAGGAGCUUGCCUUAUGGGAGAAACAAAAGAAAUGGCAACAGACCGCUGAGAAAUUGAAAGAGAAGCUUAAAGAAAAGUCAGAGGAGCACACGAAGUUGCUAACGAACUAUGAAAAGCUUCGAUCCGUGGUGUCUUGCAUGGAAAGAGAGAAAUGGUUCUUGAAAAGCAAGUUGAAGUCAGAAUGUAACGUGGCUGGCAAUUUAUCCGCCAGACCUUUGAUGAACAUGCAGCAAAAUUUGAUGGAAGAACUUCAAAAGGAGUGCCAGACUCUUCGAGAUCGUAUCAAGGAGUUAACAGAUCGCCUUGAGAACGAGGACAACGAGAAGCUUUUGCUCAAAAUCGAAGAGCAAAAGAGACGAAUUGCUGCUUUGGAAAUCGUUUCUCAAGGCAAUGCUUACGUAGUCAGUCAAUUGGAAAAGCUGGAGAUGACGAAGGACAUCCUCGAGAAGAUGAAUUUGACUUUAGAAGCGGAAAAUUUCGAGCUACGCCUCGAAUUAGAGAAAGCUAACGCGGACACACCCCGAUUGAGGGAGAAGGUCGAUCAUUUAGAGAAAUACAUCGAGUUACUGAAAGUAGAAAAGUCUUCUGACUCUACUCCAAGAUCGUUGGACAGAGAUGUACAGGAUCAUGGUUCGAGGAAGUCUGUUGCAGAGAUGGAGAAAACGAUUUUCACUCUGAAAAGGAUCAUCGAGAAACUUCAAGCGGAGAACAAACGACUUAAACUUAGUUCAAAGAAGAAUAAUUUUACGCAUCGGGGAAAAACGAGUACCCAAAUUGAGGGUGUAUUUCAAAAGCAGUACGAGGAAGCACAGAAACGCAUCGUAGCAUUGGAGACCGAUCUGCAAUUAGCGGAACAAAGAGUAGCAGCGUUAGAAAGGACUCAGAAGGAAGAGGACAACGGGGAAAUGAAAAUGUUGAGGGAACAAUUAUACCAAAAGUCUGAACUCCUAGACAAAGUGAAACAUUUAUUAUCGAGAGCAGCCAUGAACGAGAAAACUCUUCGGCAACGUGUACAGCAACUAGAAUUGAAACAGACGUUGUCUACGAUACCAGAGUGCUAUGUAACACCACCCACUCCGGAGUAAACAGCGUCCGGUAAGUACAUUGUUCGCAUAUAUUUUGUUACUCGGUUGACAACAGUGUGCUACCGAGUAUUUGUCUAUUGUUCCAUUCCUUCGCUUCUAUUUUAAUCUCUCUUCAAUAUGAUAUUCGUUUCGUACUUUGAGUAGUUAUUUCAAGCUAUAAUUGUACUGGUGCAGCCAUGUUUCCUAACAUAUCUUAUCAAAAUUUUCUCU